GUCCCACAUGAGCUCUGUGCGUCUCACUGUACACAGACAAGAUGGCAGCUUCGUUGGAAGAUGAAUUUGAAGAUGCGCCCGAUGUGGAGCCGUUAGAACCAACUCUGAAGAAUAUCAUCGAGCAGAAAUCACUCAAGUGGAUAUUUGUUGGGGGAAAGGGCGGCGUUGGUAAAACGACAUGUAGCUGUAGUUUGGCUGUCCAACUGGCUGCAGUCAGGGAGAGCGUUCUCAUCAUUUCCACUGAUCCUGCCCAUAACAUCUCUGACGCCUUUGACCAGAAGUUUUCAAAGGUUCCUACCAAGGUCAAGGGCUAUGACAACCUAUUUGCAAUGGAGAUCGACCCGAGCCUGGGUGUGGCAGAGCUUCCUGACGAGUUCUUUGAAGAAGACAAUAUGCUCAGUAUGGGCAAGAAGAUGAUGCAGGAAGCCAUGAGUGCCUUCCCCGGCAUCGACGAAGCCAUGAGCUACGCAGAGGUUAUGAGGUUAGUUAAAGGAAUGAACUUCUCCGUCGUGGUCUUUGACACUGCCCCCACUGGCCACACACUGAGGUUGCUAAACUUCCCCACCAUUGUGGAGCGUGGGCUGGGCCGCCUCAUGCAGAUCAAGAACCAGAUCAGCCCAUUCAUCUCCCAGAUGUGUAACAUGCUCGGUCUGGGUGACAUGAACGCAGACCAGCUUGCCUCUAAACUUGAAGAGACCCUGCCGGUUAUUCGCUCAGUCAGCGAGCAGUUCAAAGACCCUGAACAGACCACCUUCAUCUGCGUUUGUAUUGCCGAGUUCCUCUCUCUGUACGAGACGGAGCGGCUGAUCCAGGAACUGGCCAAGUGUCGCAUCGACACACACAACAUCAUCGUUAACCAGCUCGUUUUCCCUGAUGCAGAGAGGCCGUGCAAAAUGUGCGAAGCCCGCCAUAAAAUUCAGUCCAAGUAUUUAGAUCAGAUGGAGGACCUGUAUGAAGAUUUCCACAUAGUCAAGUUGCCGCUGUUGCCCCAUGAAGUUCGAGGCGCCGACAAGGUCAACACGUUCUCUCAGCAACUCCUGGAACCCUACAAACCCCCAAAUAAGUGAUCUCCUUCUCUACUGGACUGCCCCUCUGCCCUCCCAACAGACCAGUCUGUGUGUGUACCCCUCCCUCCCUCCCUCCCUCCCCACUCAGACCAGCCUCAAACCCCACUGUAACAGCCUAAAGAUGAUCCACUCAGACCUCAUUCAGACCUGGUAUUAACAUCUGUCCUGAGUGAACAGGUCUGAACACACUCAAUGCUUCCUGAAUGCGUCUUUAGAUCUGAUGAUUUAAAAAAAAAACACAUUCAGGGGACACAUGUGGCCCCCACUGCAGUUUCACAGUGAACUGA